AUGCCGGCCGCCGACAAGUACACCGACCCCAAGCUCCGGGACCAGGUGAAGAAAGAGGUGCAAGAGUCGGACAAGGGUGGAGCGCCCGGCCAGUGGUCUGCACGCAAGGCGCAGUUCAUGGCGUCCGAGUACAAGAAGCGCGGCGGAGGCUACACGGACGACGGAAACAAGGACGAGUCACAGAAGAACCUCUCCAAGUGGGGCGACGAGGAGUGGCAGACGAAGGACGGCUCGGGCGAGGCCAAGAACAAGGACGGCAGCCGCAAGCGAUACUUGCCCAAGAAGGCGUGGGAGAACAUGUCCGAAGAGGAGAAGAAAAAGACUGACGACCAGAAGCAGAAGCAGAGCAAGCAGGGAAAGCAGUUUGUCGCCAAUACGGGCAAGGCCAAGCAGGAGCGCAAGAAGGUUUCGGAGGGCGAGGCGGAAGAGGAGCAGGAGGAAGAGGAAGAGGAAGAGGAAGAGGAUAACGGGAAGAAGGGCCAGGUCAAGUCGAAGGCUAAGGGUAAGCAGGCCAACGGGAAGCAGCAGAAUGGCACCAACAGCAAGUCGCAGGCCAACGGCAAGUCGCAGAAACAGAGCAACAAGAAGAGCCAGACAGAUGCGGAAGAUGAGGAUGAGGAGGACGAGGAACACGAGGACGCAGAGGAAGACGAAGACGAAGACGGGGCUGAGUACCAGGAUGAGGAGGCCGAAGAUGAUGGUGAGGACGAGGCCCAAGCCGGAGGCAAGCGUGGCAACAGCUCCAAGCAGAAGCAAGAACAGCAGCAGCAGAAGAAGCAGAAGACCAAUAAGUAA